CACAGGCUUGCAAACAACUGCAGAAGAUGGAUACAACAUGGUUGUGGAGCCUGCAACUGUUUCUGCUGAUCGCCACCAUGUUAAUCUAUUCUACCUGGAACAAAAUGUAUAGAAAGCGUAACCUCCCUCCAGGACCCACUCCUAUCCCUCUGUUUGGAAAUGUUUUGCAGAUCAAAAGGGGGGAGAUGGUGAAAUCUUUACUAGAGCUUGGAAAGAAAUAUGGUCCUGUAUACACCCUCUACUUUGGCCCCAGCCCUGUUAUAAUCCUGUGUGAUUACCAGUCAAUAAAAGAAGCCUUAAAUGACCAAGCAGAAGAAUUCAGCGGUCGUGGGAAAAUACCUUCUUGGGAUCAAUUUUUCCAAGGAUAUGGGGAAUCUUUUAGUAAUGGGGAUGAAUGGAAGCAGCUGAGACGUUUUUCCCUUACAACACUAAGGAACUUUGGUAUGGGAAAGAGAGGCAUUGAAGAAAGAAUACAAGAAGAAGCACAGUUCCUGGUAGCUGAGAUUAAGUCAUACAAAGGAAAACCUUUUGACCCAACCAAAAUCUUAGUCCAAUGCGUGUCCAAUGUUAUCUGCUCUGUUGUGUUUGGCCAACGGUAUGAAUACUCCAACAAGGAUUUCCAUAAACUGCUGUACAUGUUUCAAGCUGUAUUUGAAGAUACAAGUUCCACCUUGGGUCAGCUGAUGACCUUGUUGCCAAAUAUUAUGAACCAUAUACCAGGCCCUCACAAGACAGUAGUAAAUAAAUUGAAUAAAGUGAAUGAUUUCAUUUUACAAAGAGUGAAAGAGAAUGAGAAGACGUUGGAUCCCAACUCACCAAGACACUUCAUUGACAGUUUCCUUAUCCAAAUGCAGAAGGAGAAGGAUAAUCCUGUGACCAAAUUUCACUGGAAGAAUUUGCUAUGCACUAUUAUGAACUUAUUUUUUGCUGGGACAGAAACAGUUAGUACGACCCUAAGACAUGGAUUCCUUAUGCUUCUGAUACAUCCCGAAAUAGAAGAAAAGUUGCAUGAGGAAAUUGACCGUGUGGUUGGACAAGACCGCAGCCCGACCAUUGAGGACAGGAGCAAGAUGCCUUACACCGAUGCUGUGAUCCAUGAAAUACAGAGAUUUAGUGAUGUACUCCCAAUGAGUCUUCCACAUUUAGUAAUGAAAGAUACACAAUUCAGAGGCUACACUAUUCCCAAGGGUACUGAUGUCUACCCCUUGAUCUGCGCUGCUCUACGGGACCCUAAGCAGUUUGCUACUCCCAAUAAAUUUAAUCCCCAACAUUUUUUGGAUGACAACGGCCUAUUUAAGAGCAGCAAUGCCUUUUUGCCAUUUUCUACAGGCAAGCGGAUCUGCCUUGGAGAAGGUUUGGCUCGGAUGGAACUCUUUCUUUUUUUAACCAACAUUCUACAGAACUUCAAGCUGCAUUCAGAAAACCAGUUUGCGGAAGAUGACAUUGCUCCAAAAAUGAAUGGAUUUGCCAAUUAUCCACUUUCUUAUGAAUUUUCGCUUAUUCCACGUGUUCAAUCUCUUUUAGUUUUAUAAGACAUUCGCAGUCAGUGCUUUGUCUGAAGUCUUAUGUUGCUAAAUAGCAAAGAGAAAACAAAAAAAAUCUGUGUGAGAUAUAGACACAGUUAAUAAAAAUGUUUAGAAAACAUUGCUUAUGUAUCAUCAGUAGGGUCCCAUAAUUCAUUAGGCACUAUCGCCUUAUACCGUCAGUCUUUUUCAGAAGUAGAACCUCAAUUAUUGUAGCGCAGCAUAAGUUUAAAUACUAUUCUUGUUACUUCUGAUAUUAAUACAAUUUUUUUUUAAAUUGUAACCUGUACAGUUACCAAAGCAAACAAACUGAUGAAGAACUGUUCCAUCCAGAAUCCUGCCAUAGCUAAAAGUCAGUUUCUAAUCACGCAGAAAGCAACAUUGUAAUAAGGUUUUGAAAAUUGGUGAUACAGUGGGUUUGAAGGAGUUAAUAGACUCCUGUCUUUGCCAUACACAUAUUGACUGACAUUUACAUAUACAUUAUAUAGCCUUUGUUCCUUACAUCAGCAAUGUCCCUAAGCAACAUUUGGGAUGCCCUAUGAAUAAGGGUGGGGGAAGUGAAUCCUAUUGAGGGGGUAUAUACUGUAUUCAAGAACAAAGGAGAAUCUGGAACACAGAAACACAAACAGAUACAGACACAAACACACAUGCUACACUUUUAGACACUCGCACACAUAUUCAGCCACUUUUUAGACAUCACAUUCAUACAUUCAUAUAUUAAGUUUUAUGGUUUUGGUAGGCUGUCGAUGAUAUAUUUGACUGACUAAAUAUUUUAUAAUUUGUAUGUAUUUUUCUGUAACAUUAUUUCCACACAUUAAAUAUACUUAAAAUAUCA